AUGGGUGUUCAAAAGAAUAAAACUCUUGAUUCCUGUGAUGCUACGGGUGAUCAUGAUCAAUUGGAUGCACCAGUAAAAAGUAUUGAAGAUAAAUGGAAACUUGUACCAGCUUUUCUUAAAAUCAAAGGACUUGUUAAACAACAUCUCGAUUCAUUUGAUUAUUUUGUUAAUACUGAAAUUAAAAAAAUUAUGUUAGCAAAUCAAGAAAUUCUUAUUGAAUCUGAUCCUUCAUUUUACAUGAGAUAUUUAAAUAUUGAAGUUCUUUCACCAUGUAUUGAAGAAGGUUAUAAUAUAAUUCGACCGAUAACCCCUCAUGAAUGUCGUUUACGUGAUAUGUCUUAUUCAGCUCCAAUAUCUGUUGAUAUUGAAUACAUACGAGGUAAAGAACGUGUUAUACGAAAAGGUUUAGUUAUUGGAAGAUUACCAAUUAUGUUACGAAGUUGUAAAUGUGUACUUUAUCAAAAGAAUGAAGCUGAGAUGGCUAAAAUGCGAGAGUGUCCACUUGAUCCAGGUGGUUAUUUCAUUACACGAGGUACUGAACGUGUCAUUUUAAUUCAAGAACAAAUAUCUAAAAAUCGAAUGCUUAUUGAAAAAGAUUCAAAAGAUCGUUUUCAAUGUACUGUUACAAGUACAACACAACAAACAAAAACAAAAACAGGUGUAUAUGAAAGUAAAGGUCGAUACUUUUUGGCACAUAAUAGUCUUACUGAUGAUAUUCCAAUUGCGAUUAUAUUCAAAGCUUAUGGAAUUCAAUCAGAUCAAGAAAUUGCUGAAUUAGUUGGUUUUGAAGAUUAUAUUUUGAAUUGUUUUUCAGCAUCGAUUGAAGAAUGUCAUCGAUUAGGAAUAUUUACACAGAUACAGGUGAGAAUUCUACAAGAAUAUUUCGUUUGA